AUGACGUAUGAUUGGGAAAGGGGCUACAGGGCACGAUUUUUGGCCCAAAAUGGACUUUACUCCUGUCUCAAUUCUUUGGAUGUGUUAAGCAAAACCCACUUCACCAUCCACGAAUUCCAACUCUUUAUCGUUGGCCUCUUCCUCUCAGCAGGAAUCAACUCCCUUAUCUGUUAUAGAAUUACUUAUAUUUUUCUCUUUUAUUUGGGCCUAUUGCACGUCAUGUUCCGUCUUAACAGAGACAAAAUUUGGCACUAUAAUGUUUUGUUGUCCAGUAUUUUUUUUACUUUAACUACCGAAGCUUCCAUGUCGCUUGAAUAUUGGCUAAUCUUAUUUAACUUGGCGUAUCUAUUGGUUUCAAUAAUUUUUGGUGUGGUCGGAAUGGCUCCUUUUGCCAAGAUAACUGAUUCCCCUUUUAUCAUAUAUUUAAUAACAUAUAGUAAUUUGACUUCAGGCAUCAUUGGCAUGUUAAGCUCUAUUUCUUUCUAUUUCGGCAUAGAGAAGAUGUAUUUUCUUAUUUUGGCAAAUGUAUCCGCCAUAUUUGGUCUUAUACUUCACAAAAUCGCAGUAAAAAGGUGUGAACCACCUUUAAUAAUAAGCAAAACAGGUAAAAAAAACCUAUCCGUGACAAAUAAUGGGAAAAGGAUGGACGGCAGACGUUUUUCUGUCCUUUUCAAGUGCGUUUUCCCCAUUUUUGCACGAAUUGUGACUUUUAUGCUGUUGGCUGCUGCCUUGGUUAUCAUUUUGAUUAUUUUUUCCAAAAAUGGUGCUAAAUAUGGCAUGACUGAGUCCCGGCUUGUGAGAGAUAAUAUUUCACGCUACUAUAUAAUAAUCACAAAUUUAUUAAUUAUGUGUUUUGCCACCGUGGCUGUCUCAGUGGAAUUUGUGAACUUCUUUCUAAAUCUAUCGAUAUUCGAGGGAAAAUUUGUGAAUAGAUAUCGAUUAGUGGGGAUAGUAAUUAAUUCAUCCUACCGAUUAGUACUGGAACAAUCUGUCAGCACCAAGAAAUACAAUGAAACAAUUGAUGAUUGGAAUGACGGGUAUAGAUUUGUCAAAGUGAUCUCUGAAAGGAGGUUAAAGUGCCAAAAUUUGUAUAUGGAGGAUUGCAAUGAGCAAAAUCAGUAUUAUAAUUUGGCAUUUUGGGGUCAUGUUUUUGAUAAAUGGGCUAAUGAACUAGAUUUGAAAGUGCCAAAUCAGUCAAGGCACAUUGAAAAUAUCAAAAAGCUCAUCGCAGAUGAACUUGUGCAGCUUGAAAAGCUCAAAAUUGUACACGAAAUACCUACUGCUACAAGGAUUUUCCCUCCAUAUCGUUCUAAAUCGUUACGGCAAGAUAUUACUAAAGUUCAAGAGAUUUCUAGGUUUCAUUCAAUACCCUACCCAUUGCAAUUGCCACUGCUAGAAUGUAUAAUACCAAAAUUGGAUAAGUAUGCUCACAAAGGGAUUAUUGAGAGGUCUAGGGAGGAAUGGGAAAAGGAAAGGGAUAAUGGGGAUGAGUUGUGUAGCUUUAAUUUCAAGUGUACACCAUAUACUCCUUCUUCUAACAUUUGUAGCACAGAUGGUGUAACACCAAUUAUCUACGAUGCCAACAGCAAUGACAAUAUGGAAGACAUAGCUAGCCAUCUAAUUGAAAGCGAAAGUGAAGUGUCAAUAUCCGCUUCUCAGGCCUGGGAUUCCUUCAUCAAUAAGCUAACAGACAAUAACCCAAAAGAUGAACCGCAAAAUUCGGGGACUGAACAAACUGCCCUUAUUGCCAAUGAAGUUGGUAAAAUAUCGCUCCCGGAACCCUACUUGAACCUAGAUCAAUAUCAGUGUGAUGGAGAGAUGAUUUUUAAUGAUAUGUCCAAUAGGUUGGCGCAACUAAAUGCUGAUUAUGAAACCCCUUCAUUACACGUUAACUAUGGACCAUUUAACGUGGUGAAAGGGGAACCAAUGAAUUUAUCUAGGGGUGAAUAUUUGGAAAUUGAUAUGCCUGCAAAAAUUCAUUUGAUUAGUCUUGUCAUUUCAACUUCCAUUGCACAAUCAUCACUUCAAACUCCCCAAUCAUCACUUGUUUACAAUAUCCCAAUUCUGCAACAUGAUGAUCAUACAGGCAGCUUAUACGAUCCACCGCCAAUAGCGCCAAAGAAAAAUGCGGGCAGUACAAAUUGUGUGGAAAAUAAAUCAUAUCCAAGAACCAUUUCAUCUAUUGUUGCAUAUGGCGGAGAUGCCGGGGGCACUGGUGAAUUGGGUAUCUCUGGUGAAAGCGGCGCGGUGCCAGAGGGACAUGAAUUUGAGCCUGUAGAUACCAACAGUCAGGACACAAGUGGAGAUGCCAAUACGGACUUAAUUGGAUCGUACAUUCCGAAUUCUUUGUCUUUCAACUCAUCAAAAUUGUCUAAACUUAGUUGUAAUGCAGAUUUUUCUGAUCUUGACGAGACGCCUACAGACGAAGUCAGUCAAUCUUCAUAUACUAGCCAAUCUGAUUAUUCCAAUAGCUAUGUGAGUGGCAAUCCUGUGUUGAGAACCGCCAGAUUUGGCAAAGACUCUGACUCUACAUCCCACACCAACAGUGUUGAACAAGUUUUUUUGUAA